UAAAUAUAUAUAUAUAUAUAUAUUUAUGCAUUUAUUUAAAAAUGGUGGCUUUAAGCGUGUAUGUGUCCGCUUCAGCGAUUGUUAUUCUUGCUGUGGUACUCGGUGAGUUGUAUGUAUUUACUCUGGACAAAGAGAUCAGAGCACGCAAUCUACGCGCCCAGUUUCUCUGUUUUCUAGAAUGUGUUAUUCUUACUAUGUCCGUGAUUAUAUGGAGAACGUUUGGAAGUCGCCGGUCAGUGCGACCCGAUAGCAACUAUGUUGGCGUUGCAUCUGAUUCCAAAGAUGUUGGCCAACUUCAGCGAAGGCGUCGAGAUCAAAACAUUCGCGCUAAGAUUGAGAAUGAAAAUACCUACCUGUCGCUGGCUCUGCGAGUCUUGUUGCUUUUUUACUUAGGAAGCUGUCAUUUAGCAUUUGCCUGCAACAUCUUUUUGAUGGCUGAGAACCCGCAUUGGUUGUCGAUGCUUACUUAUGCUACUUUCGGUUCGCUUAUCCAAUUAGUUACAGCACUGAUUAUUAUAGAAGCCGUCCAUUACCUUUUAAAAUUGUUCUCCAAAAAGAAAAAGCUAUUUCUCAUCAGCAGUCGUCGUUGGCGUCAUCUAAUUGUGGUAACUUACACUAUCUUUAUCUCUGUCCUCGGACUUUACCGCGCCGCACAAUUACCCACUGUCAAAUCUGUCAGCAUUCCUAUUUCGAAACUGCCUAAAUCACUUGAAGGAUUCCGCAUUGUUCAAUUAACAGACAUCCACCUAGGGCCGACAGUUGGAAGACGUAGGUUGGAAGAUGUUGUGGAAAUAGUUAACAGUUUAAAACCAGAUAUUGUUGUGAUGACAGGAGAUUUGGUUGAUGGCUCUGUGCAGAAGUUAAAAGAUGCUGUGGCACCAAUGCAAGACAUCAAAAGUGUCCAUGGGAAGUUUUUCAUAGCAGGAAACCACGAAUAUUAUACUGGGGAUGUUGACAAUUGGUAUAAUCACAUGAAAGAACUUGGUUACAUUGUAUUACACAAUACCAACAUCAAACUUCCUCGCACUGGUGUGAAAGCAGCUCAGCAGUUUUGUUUGGCUGGAGUUGAUGACAUUGAUGCUGUUCACUUGGGCUACCAUGGUCAUGGCCCUGAUAUUGAUGCAGCUUUAUCCAGUUGUGAUCCCACUCAACCAGUUGUCGUACUUGCACAUCAACCCAGAGUAGCCAAAACAAUUCUAGAUUCUUCUUACAGAGUUGACUUAAUCUUAUCAGGUCAUACACACGGUGGUCAAAUGUUUCCCAUGAUGAUAGGAGCCUAUCUUAUAAAUCCCUUCUUUGCUGGACUAUACCAGUACCAGGGACGCAGCUAUGUCUAUGUAUCUGAGGGGACAGUGUAUUGGGGUAUACCAAUGAGAAUUGGUAGUUCUAUGGAAAUAACAGAAGUUCUUCUGACAAAUAGAUAAUAAAACGCAAAAGCAAAAACAACAGAUGUGCAUCUUGUGAUCUCAAAGAAUAUCUUCUGAAACAAUCUUAAACAAAAGAAACAAAGAAAAUGUUUUUGACAUUCGUUUUACCAUAAAAGAAAAUGCUACUUGAUGAUCUCGCAGGUGUCAGAACAGGAAUAUGAUCAACAUAAACAGCAGCUGAUUCUAAGAGUCAUUUGCUAUGAACACUGUGAAAGUCAUGAGUCUACUAAAUAAUAGUAGUGUGUGUGUGUGUGUGUGGACACAUUUAUGUGAUUGUGUAUGUAUACAUGCAUGUGUGCGUGUAUGUUGUAAAACAACAACUCCCAGUGAUCAAAGAAUAAUUCCUUUAUAUGAAUGGAUUAAGAAGCUGAAACAUUCCAGAACAUUUCAGUGUUAUAUUGUUUGUAAAUUUUAAAUUAUCAUCUAUGUGUCCUAGUAAAUUAUUUCACUUUGGUUAAUCAUA